GGAAACAUGACGAAAAUUGGGGCAAUUGUUCGCCCCAAUGAUUCAUCAGUGGAAUAAUCGCCAUGCAUUUAGGGUCGACGCUUAUCCCCGACAAGAAGGCCUAUUGAGCUUUAACUCGGACUACAUGGUCUGAUAUAGGCGAAAGACAAAGAUGUUUGUUGACCCACAAAAUGCAAAGACGGCUACAUUGGCUGAAGUUGCGGAGACAUUACAAUACAUGGUGUCUCCUCAAGGGAGGAAUACAUGGACAGUUGAUGAUCUCGUGCCUUAUGUGGAAAAAAUUACAAUUUUAUCCGAAGAGCAAGAGAGAGUCACUGAGCCAGUGUCACAUGGUCCUACAUCUGAGCGUCAAUUUCCCGCACAACAGUUUCAUAUACUUCAGUCAAGUGUUGAAACUCAGGGCAUAGACAGACGAAGGGAGACUGUUGAAGGGGAAGAAUAUUCCCAACAAAUGCCGGAGCGUGGCCAUGGAAUGUAUUACCCGCCACAAACAUUUGCUGAGUAUCCGACACAGAUGUAUCAGUAUCCUUUUCAGGGUCAUCACACUGAUACUUCUGCAAGCCAGCAAUCGUUCGGUGGUGUUGCGGAAACACAAUGGCAUAUAUACUCUGGCAUGUCCCGCCAAAACGAAAAGCUGAAUGGGGGAGGGGGUGUAUCGCCAGCAGGAGUGGCGGCCUUGGAUGAGGCUGUCUCGCCAGCCCUGUGGGUGAGUCCCACGUGGACUGUAUCGCCAGUCCUUAUGGCGGUUCCAGAUGGAGGUGUGUCGCCAAUGCAAAUGGCGACACUCUCCUCUCUCCCUCCUACGUGGCCUAUAACGCCACUGGCACUGGUGACACUCUCCUCUCUCCACCUUUGCCGCCAGUGGCAAUGGCGGAUUCCACCCAAUAACAGACCCCCUCUGUCAUUUCUUUUAAAACAGACCCCAAUCCGUAAAUAG